AGCCUCUCUCUCUCCCUGUUGGCCUGGCACAUUGUUUCACUGGUUCCACCCAGUGAAGGGACAGGGACGUGCCUGCCUGUUGCCACCAUGAGGGUGGCCAAGAUGAGCAAACAGGUCGCCGGGCUGGAGUGGUGAGCCUUCCUUCUUUCUCCUCCCCACCGCCCAUGCCAGGCAGUUACGGAGCCUGGUUCCCACCAUCCUGCCGGAGUCCAUCCAGCCUGCCUGAUAGGUGGCAGACAUGGAGGAGCUGACCAUCUGGGAACAGCACACAGCCACUCUGUACAAGGACCCCCGCCGUGGCUUUGGCAUUGCCAUCUCUGGAGGCCGGGACCGGUCCAGUGGCUCCGUUGUUGUGUCCGACGUGGUGCCCGGUGGCCCUGCUGAGGGCAGGCUCCAGACCGGGGACCAGGUUGUCAUGGUGAAUGGGGUCUCUGUGGAAAAUGUCACAUCUGCCUUUGCAAUUCAGAUCCUCAAGACCUGCACCAAGGCGGCCAACAUAACCGUGAAGCGUCCCCGGAGGGUCCACCUGCCUGUCCCCAAGGCUGCCCUGGCUGGGUCUGAGGAGGAUGAAGCUGACCAUGGCCGUGGCUACGAGGGUGGCUCAUCCAGCUCGGGGCGCUCCUACAGCGCACGCUCCCGCCGACGCCGCGGGGAUGGCCACAGGCGCAGGAGCCCCACCUGCUCAGGCUCCGAGGAUGAUGAGGACAAUGGGCUGGACCUGGUCUCAGGCUACAAGAGGCUCCCAAGGCAGGAUGUGCUCAUGAGGCCCGUGAAGUCUGUCCUGGUGAAAAGGCGCAACAGUGAAGAAUUUGGUGUGAAGCUGGGUAGCCAAAUCUUCAUCAAACACAUCACAGACUCCGGCCUGGCUGCCCGCAACCGGGGGCUGCAGGAAGGGGACCUUAUCUUACAGAUCAAUGGGGUGUCCAGUAAGGACCUGUCCUUGAGUGACACACGGCACCUGAUCGAGAAGUCAGAAGGAAAGCUGACUUUGCUCGUGCUGAGGGACCAAGGGCAGUUCCUGGUGAACAUCCCGCCAGCCCGCAGCGACAGCGACAGUUCCCUCCUGGAUGACAUCUCCGAGCUCAACUCUGAACUGUCACAGGCGCCUCCAUCACAUGUCCCACCGCCGCCGCAGCACAGACAGCGGAGGCCCAAGGCCAGUCGCACGUACUCCCCAGAGUACUCCCCUGAGGAGAGCCCACAGCCUCGAAGGAGAGAAAGAUCGGUGGAUUCCAGAAACAUCUCUGAACCUGAGUCACCCAAGGAAAGCAGCUACGACAUUUACAAGGUACCCAGCCGGCAGAGCCUAGAGGACCGUGGGUAUAGCCCGGAUACACGGGUUGUCCGCUUCCCCAAGGGCACGAGCAUUGGGCUGCGGCUGGCCGGGGGCAACGACGUGGGCAUCUUCGUGUCUGGGGUGCAAGCAGGUAGCCCAGCCGAUGGGCAGGGCAUCCAGGAAGGCGAUGAGAUUCUCCAGGCAAAUGACAGGCCGUUCAGGAACCUGACCCGGGAGGAGGCUGUGCAGUAUCUACUGGGACUGCCACCGGGCGAGGAAGUGGAGCUGGUAACGCAGAGGAAGCAAGACAUUUUCCGGAAAAUGGUUCAGUCACGUGUGGGUGACUCCUUCUACAUCCGUACACAUUUUGAGCUGGAGCCGAGUCCACCCUAUGGCCUUGGCUUCACCCGUGGUGACGUGUUCCACGUUGUGGACACAUUAUAUCCUGGCCCUGGGCAGGGCCAUGGCCACAGCCGCGGGGGCCUCUGGCUGGCGGCGCGCAUGGGCCGAGACCUCCGCGAACAGGACCGUGGCGUCAUUCCCAACCAGAGCAGGGCCGAGCAGCUGGCCAGCUUGGAAGCCGCCCAGCGGGCCAUGGGCAUGGGUCCUGGCUCCUCCACAGCCUCCAGCGCCAGGGCUGAGUUCUGGAAGCUGCGGGGUCUUCGGCGAGGAGCCAAGAAGACAAUGCAGCAGAGCCGUGAGGACCUGGCAGUGCUGACCAAGCAGGGCCAUUACCCACCCUAUGAACGUGUGGUGCUUCGAGAAGCCAGCUUCAAGCGCCCAGUGGUGAUCUUGGGACCCGUCUCAGACAUCGCCAUGAAGAAGCUGACAGCAGAGAUGCCUGACCAGUUUGAAAUUGCAGAGAGUGUAUCGAGGACAGACAACCCCUCUAAGAUCAUCAAGUUGGACACUGUGCGGGUGAUCGCAGAAAAAGACAAGCACGCUCUCUUGGAUGUGACACCCUCGGCCAUCGAGCGGCUCAACUAUGUGCAGUACUACCCCAUCGUGGUCUUCUGUGCCCCCGAGAGCCGGCCGGCCCUGAAGGCCCUGCGCGAGUGGCUGGCACCUGCUUCCCGCCACAGCAGCCGCCGCCUCUAUGCACAGGCGCAGAAGCUGCGCAAACACAGCAGCCACCUGUUCACAGCUACUGUCCCUCUGCACGGUACUAAUGACGCCUGGUACCAGGAGGUCAAAGAGGUCAUCCGUGAACAGCAGAUGCGGCCCAUCUGGACGGCUGAGGACCAGCUUGAUGGAUCCUCCGAGAACCUGGACCUGCCUCACCGUGGCCUAGCCGAUAGUGCCGCGGAUCUCAGCUGCGACAGUCGUGCCAACAGCGAUUACGAGGACACAGAUGGCGAGGGUGGUGUCUUCACGGAUGGCGAGGGUGGGCCCCACACGGAUGUGGACGAGGGGUCUGCAGAGCCAGCCCUGGCUCGGUCCUCGGAGCCCGUAUGGGUAGAUGAGCCUCAGAGCCCGAGGGAUGAGAGAAUCGCAGCUCAGCGGGACACCCAGGUGACCAGCCGCCACCCUCAGGGCCAGUGGCGCCAGGAUAGCAUGCGGACGUAUGAAAGGGAAGCUCUAAGGAAGAAGUUCACACGAGCCAGGGACGAGGACUCUUCUGACGACGAAGGCUAUGACUGGGGCCCGGCCACUGACCUGUGACCCUCACAGGCUUCCCACCCUGGAAUUGGGCAUGUUUCCCCCACACAGUCUGUACCCCUGCUUCAUAGGGUAUCACAGCCCCAGCUCCCAGGAAGGACCAGGGUGUGAGGGCGGCACCAUGGCUUUCUUUGCAGCCCCUGACCCAAGAUUGUUGAAUAAACCUUUAAUUUUUUUUACAUC